GAGGGGAAAAAAGUGAGAGAAACAUCAAUGUGUGGUUGCCUCUUCUGCAGCCCCGACUGGGGACCCAGGCAUGUGCCCUGACUGGGAGUUGCACCGCAGACCCUCUGGCUUGCAGGCCGGCACUCAGUCCACGGCAGCCAGGGUGUCUUUACUACAGUGUGUCUUCGUGCAGAAGCACACAGGAAUGUGGAUUCGCAUUUCCUUCUCUGCGCCAAAGAUGCCGCAGUGUCACCGCCACGCCCAGAGGUGCUACCUGCACCCACCCCUUGGGCCCGUGUCCAGGAGCCUCCUCUUGCUGCCUGCGUGGCGCACCUGCCCGUUCCCAGCAUCCUGGGUUUACGGCAGGAAACCCCCUCGCUGGGAGCCUCGCUCCUCCUCCUGGGCCAGAGAGCCAGGCUCGGCCCAGACGUCCCAGCAAGGAAGGGUGGCGACCUCCCAUGGCCGCAAAGAGCCCGCGUGGGACAGUGCCAGAGUGAGCUGGCUCCGAGGGUGGAGCCCGACCCUCAAGGGCCUUGCCCUGCAGCGUUUUGGGUGGGACUCGGUGUUUCCCCAGAUGACGCGUGUGUGGGAGGAGCUGGCGAGAGUGGUGGGGACGGCACUGCUGGGCCGGCUUUGGAGGGCGGCCCGCCUCACCCGAUAGGGCAUGUGAGGUCCAGGACCUGGCUGCACCUGCUGCUGUCCACAUCUCACCGACGUCCUUCCUGAGACUUCCUCUGAACAGGUUGGCUUGUGUGUUUAUGAACACUUGUGGUGAUGCACUUUUCACGGGGCAUGCAUCUUGCGCUGCUCAUCUUCCAGAGGCAUCACAAGCAUUUGUUACCACGUAGCCUUUCUGUCCGUGGGUGUCCGUGUGCAGCAGGCCUGUGUCCCUUCUCACUGUUCCAAUAAACCCUCAAGAGCAGCCCAGUGCACAUGCCUUUUUCUGUUUCCAGGGAAUGGGUUUCUAGGAAGAAUGUGACUGCAUGGAACUGCUGGGUCAGGGAGGGGCUCAGUAAGGCCCGGUGCAUCCGUUCUUGCUGCUCCCAGCCCAGUGCAAUCUGAAACGGGUGCCAGGUCCGUUUCGUCUUCUCCGUUCUAUGAUUCUGGCCCCAAACCUCUCGUCCUCUUGGGUCAGGAGACAUAGCUAUCAGCCUGCCUUUUCUUGCUGCCGGCUUGACGUUGCACGAGGUGACAACUGCCAGGAGACUUCCCGAGCUCUCUGCCCCUUACAGGCCCUGAGCCUGGGACCGACCAGACGGUUUAAGGGAACAGCGCGGUGGCAAAAGGUGGAAGGAAGAAGCCGGCGGAGGUAGACGGGGCAGAGCGCAAUUGCUGGCAGGCAAUAAACCGUGGGGCUGCUACACUCACAGGGAGUCUAGAUAGGGGAAGGGCGGCGAGGGCUUCCCUCCCUCGGGUCCCUAAGGUGGGGGGGGUGGGCCCCGCCCGGGCAGAGAGGGACGUGAGUGGAAGCUGCUCCGCCCUCCCGCGCCACCGUGUGUGGGAGGGCCGGGGAGGUCGGCUGGACGCCGGCAGGGGCACUGGGGUGGCUCAUCAGGCAGAAAGGAAGUUCCGGAGGUGAGCAAGCGUCAGCGCCACCGCAGCUGGGGAGCGCAGUCGGCCUCCGGCUCAUCGCCGACCCGGUUCGUCUCCCGUCCUUUGACGAGAACAGUUACGUUUCCUCCAUCUUACGUAAAGCGCCGAGCAAGCUCAGGUCAGGACAAGUCCCCGCACCUCUCCGGGCGGCUCGCCGCAGCGCCGGCCGGCCCACCCGAGAACACCCAAGACUCGCCGACCAUGGCCGACCAGCGCCAGCGCUCGCUCUCGACCUCUGGGGAGUCGCUGUACCAUGUGCUCGGGCUGGACAAGAACGCCACCUCGGACGACAUCAAGAAGUCCUACCGGAAGCUGGCCUUGAAGUACCACCCCGACAAGAACCCCGACAACCCCGAGGCCGCGGACAAGUUCAAGGAGAUCAACAACGCGCACGCCAUCCUGGCCGACGCCACCAAGCGCAGCAUCUACGACAAGUACGGCUCGCUGGGGCUCUACGUGGCCGAGCAGUUCGGGGAGGAGAACGUGAACACCUACUUCGUGCUGUCCAGCUGGUGGGCCAAGGCCCUGUUUGCCGUCUGCGGGAUCCUCACCUGCUGCUACUGCUGCUGCUGCCUGUGCUGCUGCUUCAACUGCUGCUGCGGGAAGUGCAAGCCCAAGGCGCCCGAGGGCGAGGAGACCGAGUUCUACGUGUCCCCCGAGGACCUGGAGGCGCAGCUGCAGUCGGACGAGCGGGAGGCCACAGACACGCCGAUUGUCAUACAGCCAGCGUCCGCCACGGAGACCACCCAGCUCACGGCCGACUCCCACCCCAGCUACCACACUGACGGGUUCAACUAAGGGCGGAGCAGCUGGGACUGGCGGAUCAAUCAGCACCGGCCCCUUCGACCCCAGAAUCAUGAACUGUAGUCAGGGAGGUGGGGCGGGGGCCGCUCUGGCCGCAGGGAAGGGGCCCCUCCCGCCCCCGUGCCCGCCCGCCCGCCACCCCCCGCCCCGGGAAGUUCGUAGCAUGCGGUAUUUAAAGCAGUGUAGCUACGGUCGCCGUCCCCCGUCCCCCCUCCUCCAGUCGCAUGUGUGGGCUUCUGCUCCGUGUCUGUCUGUGUUGUGGCCGCGCGGCGUCCCCGGUGCUCCGGGCACGGCCGGGGCGGGUGCUGCUGCGGGGCUGUGGCGUCUGGUCCGGCGGGGCAGCCACAGGCGGGGCCUCCGGGCCGGCCCGCCGGCGAGGGGCUGAACGGGUCCUCCGUGCACUGCCGCGCCCCGUGGUGCUGGGGGCCAGGACAGUGUGUGCAGGUCCCCUCCACCUUGUGGGCUUGGCCUUGCGGUGGGGCUUCUCCCGAGUGCGUGUGUGCCGUGCGGACUGCAGGGGCCCCCGGCCCUGAGACCACCUUCCCUGCCUGUGUCUGGUCCAAGCCCCCCGCCCCACCAGUGCGCCCCUCAGCCCAGGAGCUGGGUCGGCGGCCACAUCCGGGCGGCCUUCCCUCUCCCUUCUCUGCGUUGCCGUCCACGCUCCCCCGGGCCCUGCGCCCCACCGCGGCCCCGCUGGUCCUAGUCGGGUCGAGAGUCCAGGCUCUGGCGGCGCCUGGCUGCCCAGCCUGCUCUCUGCUCCCAGAGCCUUGCUCAGCCCUUCCCCCGCUGCUCCCCGGCCAGAGCCAGAGGUGCCCGGGUCCUGGGGAGGGGCCCGCUGGACCAAAGGCCCGCUCUGGCCCGGGAGCCCCGAGGCCCCCGUCCGUCAGCCCCUCACCCCUGUCUUGGGAGGUGGGUCCUCAUGUGUGUCCCAGCCCGUGUGGGUGGUGCCCGUGCCGUGGGGCGGGAGCGUGGCCCGUGUGGGCCUGGUUCCUGCAGAGCGGACCCAGCGGCUGCCGCUGUGCGCCAUGAACUGCCAAGAGAGUGGAAGGUGGGCUCGGGAGGCCGGGGGUGGUUCCCUGGGUUGGACAGGCCAGAGCGGGCUCCUGCAGCCGCCGUUCUCGCCCGCAGCCGCGCAGACAGCAGGCUGGGCGGGCUGGGGCGCGGUUGGGAGGCACGGCCGCGUGAGGCUGGAGCUCACGUGCGGGGGCCUGGCCGCCCCGGCCCGCUCAGGGGGUCUUGCUUGUCGGGUGGUCACGAAGACCCAGCGAGAGGGCAGCCCUGCUCUGUGGCCUCAGCUCAGGGCUGGUGCUGACACCAGGUCUCCCUGCAAGGGAGAGACCCAUUGUGGGACCCCCCCCCUCACCCCCUUCAACCCAGCCAGGGAGGAGGCAAGGACAGGCUGCGUCCGCCCUGCGGACGCCUCUGGAAGUCCCUCAGGAAGUGAGCUGUCCUCCCCAGAGGGACCAGGCACCUCGUCACGACCUUGCGGGUCAGGCAGAGAGCUGCCUGUGCGGAGGCUGCGCCCAGGCGGGCUGCCCACGUGUCCCAGCGAGGCCCUGCCCGGGGCCCGCCCGGCGCUCACCUUCCCCUGGGGCCGGGGCGCGGCGGCGGGCGGGUCUCUGUGGGCUUGGAAAUGGCCGGCCCGCCCGGCAGGAGUGGGGGGCAGGCCGCCUGGGGCGGCGCUGUGGCCGGGCCCCCGUGUGUUUUCCUGUGUCUCGUGGUCUGUCUGUCUCCUGGGGGGAGCGGAGCGGCUGAGGCUGGAGAGGCCCGUGUUCGUGCACUGAGUGGGGGCGACCCUGCGUCUCACCCCAGCGCCGCCCAGAGCGGCGGCCACCUGGGGCCGGGGCCGGUGUCUGCCGGGCAGCCAGUGUGUGUGGCCCGGGCGUGGCGGGGUCUGUUUUGCCAAAGGCGGGGCUGGCCGGACAGAUCACCAGCGUGGUGGGCGCCUGAGGGGUCCGGCCGUGUGGCCCGUGCCCGGGAGGCGUCUGUGUCCUCGUUUCAAACUGCUUUAGAUGUUGCUGCUCGGAGCCGGGGCCUUCCCGGCCAAUGGGUCCACACAGCCCGCCCCGUGGGCCCUGGGCUGGCAGCGGGGCGUGCCCCGGCCCUUGGGGGGGCCCACCGGCAGUCUGGGGAGACCCUCCGCCUCCCUGGCUCCAGCGUGUCCCCCCAGGGCCCGUUGGCAGCAGGGGUGAAGCAAGUGACUGGUCUCACUCCGCUGUCGCUUCUGAGCCGUGAGCGAGCGCGUGGCAUAGGCUGGCCCAUGUGUCCUGUUGUCCUGGAUGUGACCCCUCCUGUGGAGUCGGCGAGAGCCCCCUUUUUAUAGCCCUCACCCGCGCGGUGGGCGCCACCUGUGCUGCAGGCGUGGGCCGUGGGGGUGUGUCCGUGUGCACGUGUGUACAUGUAUGUGUCAUGCAGCCCUCCUGACGGCUGCUGUUGAGUGGCAAAGUGGCCGGUACAAUAAAAGGCGGCUCCCAAACGGCCUCUGUUUCUUGGCGUGUCGGGGCGGGCGGAGGGUCCCCCCAGCUCCUCUGCGGGGGGCCCGGAAGAGACCACUGACAUAGCCCUGUACCCAGGGUUUGUGGGUGGCCAGCGGGGCACCGGGACUGCCCGGGCGGCCACCACCACCGUCAGCCUCCGCGGGGCAGGGCGCCCACCCCAGGGCCCCCGUGGUGCUCGUGCGGCCCACAGGUGCGUGUGUCCCCGUGAGACGUCUGGGAGGUGGUGGGAGCCCUCUCCUCGUGGAGACUCGGAGGCCAGCUCUCGGAGCACUUGAGGGAACCAGUGACCAAGCGUUCUGAGCCGUCGGUGUCGGGACCACGGGGCGGCGGGCAGCGCGGGGCCCGGCCGUCCCCGGAGGAGGGACUCGUGCUGCUCGCCGCGUGCGGGCAGCAUGCACUGGAGCAGGCUGCGCUGUGUUCGACCCCGAGUGCGUGGGCGGCGCUGCCCGGGCCAGUUCUGUCCUGGGGCCUGCGCACCGAGGGCUGGCCCAGGGGCCAGGGCUGCCCACGGUGAGCCCCGCCCUGUGUGUCUGGGUGUCCGCCCGAAGUGAAGAUGUAACGGUUGUAAAAUAAAUGUUUUCACUGCA